AUGUUCUCACGGCAUAAAAAAUGUUGUACACUUGCUGCAAUAGUACCAAGUUCUUUAUCAUCCUCAUCAUUAUUUGUUGGUAUGGCAAAUAUUACUGAUGAUAUGCCUGAUGAACAACGUCUCUUCUAUACAUUAAUGACUGGCUAUGAAAGAGCAGUACGACCAACUAAAAAAGCAUCUGAUACUGUUGUCGUCAAACUUGGUAUUACAUUAACAUUAAUUAUGGACAUUGAUGAACGAAAUCAGAUAAUGACAACUAAUAUUUGGCUUGAUCAGGAAUGGAACGAUGUUUUUUUUCAAUGGAAUCCAGAUGAUUUUGGUGGUUUAAAAAAAAUACGCAUACCUUGCCGUUAUAUAUGGUUACCUGAUAUUGUAUUAUAUAAUUCGGCAGAUGAUUAUACACAAGGAUAUAUGCAAUCAUUAGCAAUGAUUAGUUCUGAUGGUACUGUUUUUUGGCCACCUAUUGUUAAAUUUCGAUCAACUUGUAAAAUAGAUAUUACAUGGUUUCCAUUUGAUGAUCAGGUAUGUUUUCUAAAAUUUGGUUCAUGGACAUAUGAUUCUACACAAGUUAUGUUAACCAAUCGUUCAGAAAAUGUUGAUAUGAUUAAUUAUGUUGAUAAUGGUGAAUGGAAAUUAUUAACAUCAUGGUCAGUUCUUUCAACAUUAAGAUAUCCAUGUUGUGAUGAAGCAUAUUAUGAUUUAAAAUUUUAUUUUCAUAUACGUCGUCGAACAUUAUAUUAUACAUAUAAUGUUAUAAUUCCAUGUAUAAUGUUAUCUUGUUUAACAUGUUUAACAUUUUAUUUACCAACGGAAUCCGGAGAAAAAGUUUCAUUAGGUUUAACUGUACUUCUUUCAUUUUCUGUUUUUAUGUUAUUAAUUGCUGAAUCAAUGCCAGCUACAAGUGAAUUUAUUCCUUUAAUUGGUAUUUAUUUUACAUUAGUUAUGGGUUUAACUAGUCUAUCAGUUUUAUUAGCUGUUAUCGUACUUAAUGUUCAUUUAUAUGGUUCGUCGUUAAAACCAGUACCACAUCGAUUAAGUCGCAUACUUUUUCUUCAUCUUGCACCAUUUUUACGUGUGAAAUUGCAUCGUGCAAUAACAAAUAAUGAUCAAAAAAAUACUCAAUGUUCAUCAUCUGCAACAUCACCACCACGUUCAACAACAAUCUAUAAUGCUGUUUUUCUCAAUGAAAAUGAUCUUUUAGCAAAUUCUUCACAAGGUGCAACACAUAGGUUAUAUACAUCAACAUUAAGUGAAAAUCAUUUAGAUAGGACAAAUCCUAAUUCUUAUGCACGAAGUGAACUUGCAGCACCUUUGCUAUCAAAUGCACAAUCAACAACGCAAUCAUUACAAGAAUGUAAACGUCUUCUGAAUGAACUUAAUCGUGUUAUUCUUCGUCCAACUGACACACGUGAGGAAGAUAUUAUUAUACGUGAUUGGCAAAAUGUAGCAUUAGUUAUUGAUCGUUGCCUUUUUUAUAUAUAUCUUAUAUUGACAACGGUAUUAACAGUAUGUACUCUACUGUUAGCGCCAUUAUUCAAAACUGUUCCAAAAGCACCAGAUUAUUUUCGCUUGAAUAUUACACAAAACUAA